AUGCCAAUCACAAUCCACAAGCCACAACCCGCGGCGCCGCCAAGGCUGCCUACAGCUGCGCAAGACUCAGAUUCGGAGUCUGAUGGCGGCGCCGAUGUUCAGGGCGACAUUCGCAUGCGUGCGUCGAAGCGUGGCCAGCCAGACCAUGCCGACCUCAUCGAUGAGAUUCUCACCCCCGGCACGGUCAUCACCGACAAUGCGCAAUGGAUGCGUGGUCACGGAACAUAUAUCCCUGCAGAGACGACGAACAUCACAUCCUCCUUGGCUGGCACACUAACCAAAACCAACAAACUGCUCUCAGUCCGCCCUCUCAGAGCUCGAUAUACCCCCGAGAUUGGUGACCUUGUCGUCGGUCGCAUCGUCGAGGUGCAGGCUAAGCGCUGGCGUGUCGAUGUUGCCGCCUCUCAACUCGCCAUCCUUCAGAUCUCGGCCAUCAACCUGCCAGGCGGCAUCCUGCGCAAGAGGACAGAGACGGACGAGCUGCAGAUCCGGAGUUUCUUCUCAGAAGGCGACUUGGUGGUCGCAGAGGUGCAGCAGCUCCACCAGGACGGCGCAGCCAGCCUGCACACGCGCAGCUUGAAGUACGGCAAGCUGAGGAACGGUGUGUUUGUCGCCGUCAGCGGCACGGGUGGCGGGGGCGGUGUGGUCCGAUCCAAGAGGCAGCUGUGGACGUUGGAGACGGCCAACGCCGGUGGCAUGGUUGACGUGCUCCUCGGCGUGAAUGGCUACAUCUGGAUCAGCAAGCACAUUGAGGUGGACUUUGCGGCUGACGCGGCGGGGAUCAACAAGAUGGAGGAGAGCGUCAGCAGCAAGGUGUACUCGAGCCAGAACGAUAGCAUCGACGUGGCCACGAUGAGGGAGAUUGCGCGCAUCAGGAGCGUGAUUCUGGCGCUGGUGGACAGUGGGCUACGGGUGGACGAAGACAUGGUGACAAGGGGCUACCAGGAGGCUGUCGAUAUGGGGAGGGAGUCUGCCGAGGAUGACUUAUAUCUAGGUGGCGAGGCUGGGCAACGGCUGGCCGCCCUGCUCACGAGCAGCUAA